AAAUACUGUGACUAUACUGUACUAUAAGGUUGUCCUUGCAAUCAUCACCUAAGUGUUAAUUUAGUCUUUUCAGACGGUGUGGCAGGUGCACAAUUUCUAAGCACGUAUUUUUUUAUUAUUCGUAGUGCGUUUUGUAUUAUUUGAUUUUCUUUAUUCUCACGAAUUGGAAGCUUAUUUCUUAUUGUUCGUGUGGUUGUAUUGUAUAUCUUUAUUUUCACGAGUUAAGACGUCAAAACCAAGCGUCGUAUAGAUAAUACCGGUUUAUGUAGCUUUUUAUCUAUCGCAUUUACAUAAAAGCGUCUAUUUUACAUAGUUUUUUUACAUUUUGUUUACAUAAUAUUCUAAAAUGAAACCGAUAUUGUGCUCCACGAUAGUAAUUUUAAUGACAAUUUUGAAUGUAUCGAUUAUUGCGCAAGAACAAAAGGUCAACGUCACACUCUACUACGAAACUUUAUGUCCUUAUGCAAGAAGAUUUGUGGUCCAACAAUUGCAUCCAACAUUAGAAGAAUACUUAUCAAAAUAUGUUAAUUUGGAAAUAAUUCCAUAUGGAAAAGCUAAGACUAUUUAUGAUGAUGAUAAGAUCACGUUCACCUGCCAGCACGGACCCAGCGAAUGUUACGGUAAUCAAAUCCUUGGCUGUGCCCAAGUCCUGAUAGAUUCCGGAGCUAAUUCUCCAAAUCUUGGUUAUAAUACGAAGUUUUUAGAGCUUGUCUACUGUAUGGCAGACAAGAUAAAAUCUAAAGCUACCAAAUCUGAUGUUGAUGAAGUGGUUGACACGUGUGCUAGUGCGGAAUCGAUUGGAGUGACAGCUGAGCAACUGAUACAAUGUUCUACUAGCAAGAUUGGAAUUCAGCAAAUGGUACACAACGGAAAGAAAACGGAUAAGUUUCAAAAUCCUCUAAAACACAUGCCAACGGUAGUUAUUAACGGAAAUUAUGUACCAGAAGAGAGCGACCAAGCUUUAGAUAAUUUAUUGAAACUUUUAUGUUCGAAAAUAUCCGGAGAAAAACCAAACGGGUGCUAAUAAUGAUAGUACCUACUAAUACUUUAAUAAUAUAUAAGUUUAAAAUGAACAUUUUUCUUUGUAUUUUUGGAAAAUAAACUCCCAUAUGAUUCGAAUUAAACAUA